AUGGCUCCUGAACACACGAAGAAGACAUACACCCUCGCCUCGGGUGACAAGAUGCCCGCCAUUGGGCUGGGAACAUGGCAAUCUCCCCAAAAUGCCACGGCUACUGCCGUCGAGGCAGCAAUCCGGGCUGGCUACCGGUACAUCGACACCGCUUUUGCCUACGGAAACGAGUCUGAGGUCGGAGCCGGCGUUCGUGCCUCUGGAGUUCCCCGCGAGCAACUCUGGAUCACGACCAAGCUCGACAACCCGUGGCACAAGCGCGUUGCUGAGGGCAUCGACACUUCGCUCAAGAAUCUGGGCAUGGACUACGUUGACUUGUAUCUCAUGCACUGGCCCAGCAGUACUCGACCGGAUGAUCUAAAGAAGCACUAUGACGAUUGGAAUUUCGUCGACACCUGGCGUGAGCUGCAGAAGCUCGUAGGAACUGGGAAAGUGCGCAACAUCGGUGUCUCCAACUUUGGAAUCACCAACCUGGAGAAGCUGUUGAACGACCCAUCCUGCAAGAUUGUCCCGGCCGUCAACCAGGUCGAGUUGCACCCUAAUAACCCGUCUCCCAAGCUGGUUCAGUACUGCAAAGACAAGGGCAUCCACCUGACAGGCUACUCCUGCCUGGGCAGCACCAACUCGCCGCUCUACAAGGACGAAACGCUUCUGUCUCUCGCCAAGGCCAAGGGCAAGACGCCGCAACAAUGUCUCCUCCAGUGGGGCAUCCAAAACGGCUGGGACGUCAUUCCCAAGUCGGUAACCAAGGAGCGUAUUGAGGGCAACUUCGAUCUCGAUGGGUGGGAGUUGACGGAGGAGGAGCUCAAGAAGCUCUCGAGCUUGCCGGAUCGAUUUAAGGUCUGCGGAGACGAUUGGCUGCCUGUCAAGGUCUUCUUCGGUGACGAUGAGUAG